AUGAGUAGGACUGAUAAUAAAAAUAUAGAAUUGUAGUCUGCACUAUAAAGCAAAGAUUUAUAUAAGGAUGCUUCUGAAGAUCAAUAGCAGAAUAAUUAAGAAUAAAUUGACGAUAAUGAAUUAGAUAAGGAGUUAUCAAAUGCAGAUACAAACAUACUGAAUGACAUGGAGUAAAAUGAAAACUUGACAGACUCGUAGUUAUUUAAGAAAGAUUUUACAAAUAUACUUUUGCUGAUCGUUCUCUAUAUGUAUUAAGGAUUUAUCUUAGCUUUCUUCCUAGAGUAUGUUAAGAAUUAUUUGAUUUAGGAAAAAUAAAUCAAAGGAGAACAAAUAGCGUUGAUAAGAGGAAUAGCUUGGCCUUUUUCAAUUAAAUUUUUAUGGGCUCCUUUGAUGGAUACAUACUAUAUAAAGGCAUUCGGAAAGCGCAAAACUUACAUAGUUCCUGCUUAGUUUAUAAUGUCUAUAUUACUGUUUUACUCUGCUUUUUACUUUGAAGGCUGGAUGGAAAAUACUGAUGUCUUAUAGAUAAGUACAAUAGGUGUAAUAUGUGUAUUCUUACUCACAGUUCAAGAUAUAGCAGUUGACAGUUGGAGUGUUACACUUCUCCAUGAAAAGAAUGUUGCUUAUGCAAGCUUCAGUUAGAGUUUUGGACAGCGUAUUGGAAACAUAUUUGGUUAUUAACUUUUUAUCUACCUAAGUGAUGAGCAGCUAAUGGAGAGUUUAUUUACUUAUAAGGAAAAGGUCUUAACUCCUUUUUCUAUGUGUGUAGUUAUGAGUGUUUCAAUUUUGUUAGGGACCUUAUUUAUAAUAUUAUUUCGUAAAGAAAGUAAUGAAGAGCAAAACAGCUCUGCAUAUAGAUAGGUAGAAGGUAACUCAUCACUAAUUAAUGGCAAUCAGUAAUAAUCAGAAGGACAAGAAUAAGAAGGCUUUGUUAAUAUGCUUAAAAACAUUGUGAGAUUCUUUAAAAAUAAAUAGAUUUUACUCCUUAUUUUCUUUUUGCUAUCUACUUCUUUUGGUAUCUUUUGUGUCGAUAUCACAGGAGAAAUUAUACUUUUAGAGAAGGGUUUUAACAGGUCUACAUUAGCAACAAUCGAAUUGUGCUUAAUACCUUUUACUUAAGUAAUCAGCGCAUAUGCAGCAAGACUUUCAUCAAAAAAAUUAGAAUUUAAAAUUUGGAUUUACUGCUUUAUUGUUAAAUGCUUCUGGAAUGUUGGUAACUACUUCUUGGUCAAUUCAUUUGAAAAAGAAAAUAUGUCAUAUUUUAUUAUUCCAGUUGCAAUAAUGCAAGUAGGAGAUUCCAUACUCUUCACACUUCCUUUCAUAGGAAUAUCUUCUUUCUUUUUGAGAAUAUGUGAUUAAUCGAUCGGAGGCACGUAUAUAACUUUCUUAAAUUCUUUCUCAAAUUUUGGAAGAUUAUGGCCUUCUAUUUUAGUUACCACAUUAAGCACUCGCCUUUCAUUUACAACUUUGUUUAUUAUAGGUAGUAUUUAUAACUUUGUUUUAGUACUAUUCUGGAGAAAAAGGGUUUUAAAUAUGUAAGAAAGUGAUAAAAAAUAAUGGUUAAUUAAACAAAGGUGA